AUGGUACCAUAUCUGGUUAAGGCUAGAGGGAACCUCUAUGCUGAUGGGAACUUGUUUAUAUAUGAUCAUGAUGGCCAUCUUGUCUUCUUAUUGCUCUAUGUGGAUGAUAUUAUUGUGAUUGGUAAUCAUCCUAGCUUCAUUGCUUCUCUUCUUGCUACAUUGGGUCAAGACUUUAAUCUUAAAGACCUAGGCAGAUUACAUUAUUUCUUAAGGCUUCAAUUUGAUUAUACUCCUGCUGGUCUUUUUGUGCAUCAGACCAAGUAUGCUACUGAUCUUCUUCACAAAUUUUCCAUGUCUGAGUGCAAGCCUUGCAAAACCCCUUGUACACCUAAUGCUCAUCUCAUUGCCAAUGAUAGCCCUUUACUGCCUAAUCCUAUUGUCUAUAAGAGUAUGUUGGGGGCUUUGCACUACCUUACUUUAACUAGGCCCAAUCUUUCUUUUGCUGUCAUGGGCUCUCCUACUUCUAAUCACUUAUUAGCUACUGAAUGUAUUUUGAGGUAUUUGCAAGGGACAAUUCAUCAAGGCUUGGUUUUUACACUUGGUCCAUUAACUCUCUCUGCUUACACUGAUGCGGACUGGGCUGGUGAUCCCAUGGAUAGAAAGUUAAUUUAUGGUAUUUUGGUGUUUCUUGACAAUUCCCCAAUUACUUGGUGA